AUGUUUUCCUCCUUCGUUCUUCUCACCCUGGCCGGCGUCGCUCCUCCCCUUCCUCUGUCACCAUCUCGCCACCACUCAGCCGCUGUGAGUCCGAAGACUAAGCGCGACACCUCGAGGAAGCUUGUCGUGGCACACCACAUACUGGGCAGCACCUAUCCGUAUAUUCAAGACGACUGGCUCGCAGACACUACCUCACCUACGAGUCCGGCCUGCAUGGCUUUUCACUCAAUUUUGGCUCUGACUCUUGGCAGCCUGCCCGAGUUGCGAAUGCAGAAUUCGGGCACGGGCUUCAAGUUAUUCAUGUCUUUCGACAUGUCCGUGCUUCCCUGUGGGGACGCCUCGGACGCUUCCACGCUGACGAUGUAUAUCACAACGUACGCGUCUCACCCGAACCAGCUCACGAAGAAUGUGCAGGUAUUCGCGUCCACAUUCUCCAGCUUGGAUUGCACAUUCCCCCAGUCGAGCGCAGCUGAGGGGUGGACGACUCUGCUCAUUGACCAGCUGACGGGGAGCAAUGCGAUGCACUUCGUGUCUGCAUUCCUCGUGGACGCCAGCUCGUUCUCGACGUUCGAUGCUGUGAUGGACGGAGUGUUUAAGCAAUCGAUGGACACGAUCAUCGCAAACCGCGACAGCAUCGACGUCGUCGAGGUUAUCACAUUCAACAACUAUGGCGAGUCGCACUACAUCAGGACCAUCGAGGGCGUGCAGCCCAACUCACAGAACUGA